UAACGCAGCGCAGAAAUUGAAGCGUGACAUACAAAUCACGAAGAGAGAGACACCGGCAUAACUCAUGUCUCAAGCCACUGCAACUUUCCCCAUGUUCAAAAACAUCUGAAUCUGAAACCCUAGUUCUCUCUCUAGCCAUGGACUUGAGAAGGGGCGGGAGAAAACUAUCGUUUGAGAUUCUCAGUGCCAGCAACUCCAUUGAAGACGAGGAAACCUUGUCUUACAGAUCAAACUCAGAUCCAAUUCAUGAGGACGCAGGAGUUUCACCAUCUGAAUCGAGGACCAAUCGGAGGAAACGAAAGAAUAAAGGCUCCAAGAAGAAGAAGAAGACGAUCACAUGUCCGAUAGAUGAAGAUCCGGUAACUGACAAAGGGAUUGACUCCGUUUUUGAUGAUCCGGCACGCGUGGUAUUUGAAAACGGUUCUUGUCCUAAUGGAUUUGACGUAAAUUAUCAGAAUUAUAGCAUGCAGAGUGUUGUUACGGUGUUGGAGGAGAGUGUCCGUACGGUGCUCCAAGUCCCGGAAUCAGAAUUUCAGAAUUUGCGUGGGGAUGGACAUUUGGUAGCGGAGUUGAGGCAGAGGAGUGUGAAUGGAAGUGGUGGAGGUGAGGAGGUGGCGGGAUCGCAGGUUGAUGUGAAUGUCGCGGAGGAGAGUGGUAUAGAGGUGAGUUCGUCGGGGAAACAAAGGGGCGAGCCAAAUGGAGGCAUUGUUAAGCAAUUGGAUUCUGCAGAGUCCUUGGAUUGGAAGCGGUUCAUGGUGGAGGAUCCAACCUACUCCUCUUCUUUGGAGAAGUCCCCAUUGAAGUAUUUUAUGGAAGAAAUGUACAGUGGAAAUUCAUUACAAAGCACAACAACUCUGGGCAAUGAGAAAGAACGGGAAAGAGUAUAUGAUACCAUCUUCCGGCUGCCAUGGAGAUGUGAACUGCUUAUAGAUGUUGGCUUCUUUGUCUGCUUGGAUUCAUUCCUAUCUUUGCUAACUAUCAUGCCGACAAGGAUUCUGAUGGCACUCUGGAGGCUUCUAAAUGCAAGGCAGUUCAAGAGGCCUUCUGCAGCAGAGUUGUCUGAUUUUGGUUGUUUUGUUGUGAUGGCUUGUGGAGUUGCUCUUUUAUCACAAACAGAUAUCAGUCUUAUAUAUCACAUGAUUCGUGGCCAAGGAACAGUGAAACUCUACGUGGUGUACAAUGUGUUGGAGAUAUUUGAUAAACUGUGCCAAAGCUUUGGUGGAGAUGUGUUGCAGACUCUAUUCAAUACUGCAGAGGGACUUGCAAAUUCUGCACCAGAAAACAUGAGAUUUUGGAUCUGGAGAUUCGUUUCUGACCAAGCAUUAGCAGUGGCUGCUUCCAUUGUUCAUUCAUUCAUCUUAUUAGCUCAGGCAAUUACUUUAUCAACUUGUAUCAUUGCUCAUAAUAAUGCUUUGCUGGCUUUGCUGGUAUCAAAUAACUUUGCUGAGAUAAAAAGCAACGUGUUUAAACGUUUUAGUAAAGAUAACAUCCACAGCAUCGUAUACUAUGAUUCAGUGGAGCGAUUCCACAUUUCAGCAUUUGUCCUCUUUGUUUUAGCUCAAAAUAUUCUAGAGGCUGAGGGUCCCUGGUUUGAAAGCUUCCUCUCUAAUGCUCUACUGGUUUACAUUUGUGAAAUGGCUAUUGAUAUCAUCAAACAUUCAUUCAUUGCCAAAUUCAAUGACAUAAAGCCCAUUGCUUAUUCUGAAUUUCUUGAAGACCUUUGCAAACAGACUCUGAAUAUUCAAACUGAUGGUGGGAAGAAAAGCCUCACUUUUAUUCCUUUGGCUCCAGCUUGUGUGGUCAUUCGGGUGUUGACUCCUGUAUAUGCUGCUCAUCUACCUUGCAAUCCCCUCCGAUGGAGGGUCUUUGGGAUUCUCCUCUUAUCUGCAAUGACCUAUGUCAUGCUUGCAAGCCUCAAGAUGAUGAUAGGCUUGGCCCUAAGAAAACAUGCCACUUGGUAUGUAAAUAGAUGUCGGAAGCGAAAACACCAUCUUCACAGUGACUAAAACAAGAUAGAAAUGCAUUAUCUAGCUGGACAUAAUUGAUUCCCCAGUUCUCUGCUGCCCCUCCUUGCAAAAUCUCCAUGGGAUCAGCAUGUUCGACCUGGAGCAGGAUGCAGAAAUGUUGACAACCUAAAGCCAGAGCUUUCCUGCUACAUGGUCUUAAAUUUUUUAGUUUCACACAGUUCUCGUUCCAAUUUUGCUACAGUUGCUGGUACCAGAACAUCUCUUUGUAUACAAAAGGUUACAGGGCUACAAUUCCCGACAAUUUUGCGGCUUAAGGUGCUCUCCUGCCUACAAGAAAAAAUGGCUUGAGGUUCUCUCCUUGGCUUAUGUCUCCAGUAGGAUAUUUCUCAAAACAAAUCUGAGUUACGGUGAGGAAGUUGACUUCAUUGAAUUUUCCCCACCUGAUUCUAUGCUCUUUCAUAUAUGUAGCCACAGCAGACUCAAUGAAUUUUAAACUUUUACCUAA